ACGAGGACAUGACUAUUCUUAAAUGUUUCAUGUUUUGACAGUUACCAGAGAGAGAAUAAAUGUCUCGCAAUCAAUCAUUUUGAAUGCGUUUAAUAAAUACGUUUAUAUUUUAGGCUAUUGCUAUUAUUGGUUAAAGUUUAGGCUACUAGCCUAUAUAGUCCAAUGGGAAUUCGGGAGAUCCAACGCAAUUGAGGAAAUAUUGACAAGAGGGCUCUAGCCUACCUUUGGACUAGCAAACACAAGGUAGAGUUGUCUCCCCUGUCGUUACUAGCGGUCGUUACCGACAUGUCUGAUUGGACGGAUAUUCUACCGAGAUACAUGAAGAAAUAAAACGUUCCAACUAUCCACCACCGGUCUUUUUUGGACGGAGAUGGUCUCGCGUGGAAUAACGGAUUUGUGAAGUUAAGGCGCUCGGGCACGGCUCCAAAAAGUCGCGCUCCUGUGAUUUGGAGGUAGCACCAGCUCCUGUGGACCUGCCAUUGGAAUGGGUGGGACCCGGUAACGAAGCCUCUGUGACAUCCUCUAAGAUGUUGAGACGACCCUGCAGGUGUCUCCUAGCCUUCCUUAUCAUCAUCACCAUCAUCAUCCUCUCGGGAGGAGCAACUCUGUCAUGGUACUUCCUGGAGUACAUGGUGUGGAUACUGGAACCCAGGGUACAGCAGCAGUAUACUGCUAGACUCUCUAUCCUCAACAGGAACUACUCCUGUUGAGGAGCCAGCCCAGCCUUCACAGCCCAGGCCAAGGAAGUAGAAUAUAUGGUGAGGAGGAUAGUGAAGGGCUCAGACCUAUCUCGCUACUUCAACUCCACCAAAGUCUUUGCUUUUGGGGAGGGAAGUGUGGUGGCACACUUCUGGCUGGUACUGUCAGUCCCCGACAGCCAUGUUGGUAAGGUAACUAUGGAGCGAGUCAGCAGCUGCCUACAGAGUCUACUCGGGGCCUACAGAGGGAGCGACAGAGAGGAGACUGCUAACUAUGGAGAAUAUCUGUUGCAUCUUCCCUCUUUCUCUAUCACAGAAACAGACCCCAAAGUUGUAGAACUUUUGAAAGCUUCAUUUGACUGCUACAGGUACCAGGUGGUCAGCUCCAGCACAGCUGUGGCUAAUAGGGGACCUAAUACCCAGCGCUCGUCCUGCCUUUGGCACCUCAGGGCCCCGCAAGGCACCAGCACCCAGAGUUUCAGACUGGAGCUGAGGAUGGAGUGGCUGCUACCAGAGUGUAGAGAUAGACUGGCUGUCUAUGAUGGUUUAACGCCUACUGAUACUCACCUCAUCACCUCUCUGUAUGGCUGCAGCAGACAAGAGCAUGUUGUUCAUGUGUUGUCAUCAGGAGAGUGGAUGACAGUGGUCUGGAAACAGGGUCUCUACAACUACAAAGACCCCUUCUCCCUGUCUGCACAGGCCUGGACCACUGAAGUGUGUUCCUCCAACAUAGAGCUGCAGCCAGUAUCAGGGGUACAGGGUAGUCUACGUACCCCCUUCUAUCCCAGUUACUACCCACCAGACACCAACUGUACCUGGACAUUCACUGUGCCCUCUGCAGACUAUGGACUAUCUCUGGAGUUUGAAGGUUAUGAGCUGAGCAGGGCCAACUAUAACCAGGCCUGUACACAGGGACAGUGGAUGGUACAAAACCGCAGGUUGUGUGGGACGAGAGGUCUCCAGCCGUAUGCUGAGCGCCUCUACCUCCUCUCCACAGCAACCAGCGUUGUCAUGACGUCCGAGGUGUCAAUCACAGGGCCUGGACUCCAGGUCCACUACAGCCUCUUCAACCAAUCAGAUCCCUAUCCUGGUCAGUUCCUGUGUACUCUAAAUGGUCUGUGUGUUCCAGCCUGUGACGGCAUCAAAGACUGCCCCAACGGACUGGACGAGAGGAACUGUGUGUGUAUAGCCCAGUACCAGUGUCCAGAGGACAGUCAGUGUGUUGACUACUUCAAGGUGUGUGACCAGCACCCAGACUGCCUAAAGGCCAUGGAUGAAGAGAACUGCACUGAGGGUGUGCAGUGUACAGACAAGACGUAUGUGUGUGUUGACGGGACGUGUCUGAAGAAGCCUAACCCAGAGUGUGACUUCAUCACCGACUGUCCUGAUGCCUCCGAUGAGAGACACUGUGACUGUGGUCUGAGGCAGUUCACCAGUCGCGUUGUGGGAGGAGUCAACGCUACUGAAGGGGAGCGGCCAUGGCAGGUCAGCCUUCAGAUCGGUGGACGUCAUGUCUGUGGGGGGGCUCUGGUCUCCAGCCAAUGGGUGGUCUCCGCUGCCCACUGUUUCUAUGACGACCGGUUCUCUCCCAGAGCGUGGACGGUCAACCUAGGUAAGUUCCUAUUGAACCGCAGCAGUCAGAUGGAGGACACCAUUCGGGUGCAACAGAUCCUCCUGCACCAGUACUACGAUGACGAGACACACGAUUAUGACUUGGCUUUGCUGCGACUGGAGAGACCUGCAGCUCCAGGCACCCUGGCCCAGCCCGCCUGCCUGCCAUCACCUACACACCAGCAAGAACCUGAGCUACUCUGUUGGGUCACGGGCUGGGGGGCGCUACGUGAAGGAGGCACUCCCAGUAACGUGCUGCAGAAGGUGGACGUGCGUCUGGUGAGCGAGGAGGCCUGCUUCCGUUCCUACGGUUACAUGGUCACUCCCAGGAUGUUGUGCGCCGGCUACCGCAGCGGAGAGAAGGAUGCCUGUCAGGGUGACUCGGGCGGUCCGUUGGUCUGCCAGGAGAACUCGGGUCGUUGGUUCCUAGCGGGCGUGGUCAGCUGGGGAAAGGGGUGUGGCCGGGCCGACUACUACGGCGUCUACACCCGCGUCACCAAACUCACCGGCUGGAUCAAAGAACACAUCUCUGGACCUGGCUGACCUUCAUCAUUCUCACCAUCAUCAUCCCAAAACAUUGUUAUCAUGUAGUAAUUGUUGUGAUCUAUUCUCUGUGUCAGUCCUUAGUAUAUUUAGUCCGUCAGGGUUUUAACAGUGUCAUUGACCUUCUGGCAGUCUGGCACCAAAGUUCAUCAACCUAACAAGCAGACUUUCUGGCUCCUCUGGGCAAAUACACACUCUGCAGUAUUGAGCUCUACAUCCAACACUGCCAACUAGUGGAAGCUGUUAGAAUUACAACAUAAUUAAGUACUACCAUACCAACGCAAUAGGCCCCUCAAAUUCAAAUCUGGACCUUAAAGCUCCACUGCUUCUGUUCAUUCUUCCCCUAAUCAGGGACUGAUUUACACCUGGGACACCAGGUGUGUGUAAUGAAUGAUCAGGUAGAACAGAAAACCAGCAGAAAACCAACCAGCAGUACUCUGGACCUCGUAUGGUCACAUCUGAAUGCACCUGCAAUCGGCCUUGAUUCCUUCAUCGAAUGUUUUUCUGUUUAUAUACUGCUGUGGAUUGGAAUAUGGGUUAUGCACAGAUCAUUUCAGUCAGUGCACUACACUUUAAAUGCUGAUUGCGUUCAGUGUAUUUCAUUACAUGAUCUAAGGUUUAUGAUGAAAGCCAUUGAAGGCCGAAACGGCCAUCUUUAAAAUGGUGAGCGUGAGUUGCGCCGUUCCCUUUUCAAUUACAUGAUGUUCACCAUUGACAAUUAGAGCUAGAGCUUGUAAACCUUUCAGAACACGAGGAAAUCCUAACUGGCACCCUAUUCCCUCUGGGCUCUGGUUUAAAGUAGUGCACUAUAUAGGGAAUAAGGCACCAUUUGGAACGCCAACCAUGAGGGUCGGAGUCAUCAUGAGGUUUCAUCAAUAAACCAGCAGAACUGAAAGGGUUAAAUUAGAACGAGAUAUGUUUCUGAGUACUGUUGGGUCUGGUACCCAGAGAGAGUCUAGUCUAUUCCAGACAGAAAACACACACGCACCAGUGGAGGCUGUUGAGGGGAGGACGGCUCAUAAUAAGGGAGUCAGUGGAAUGGAAUGAACCACAUGGAAACCAGGUGUUUGAUACCAUUCCAAUCAUUAUUAUGAGCUGUCCUCCCCUCAGCAGCCUCCACUGAUACACACACAUAUAUAUAUAUAUAUAUACACACACACACACACACAGACAGACAGACACGCAAACACACACACACGCACUCACAUAUAUACAUACAUACACCUACACACAUACAUACAGACACACACAUACAUACACAGACACACAUAUACAAACACCACCAUAAGGAGAGGUAAACAAGAGCUGCAGGACUCAUUAAUUAAUGAGGAUGAUUAUUAUUAGAGAGAGAGAGAACACCGCCUCAGGCUGGUAUUGCCACUGUAUUGCAGUAUGGCACUGCUGUCUGGCACCGCAGUUCUCUGUGCGCGCGCGCGCGUGUGUGUGUGUGUGUGUGUGUGUGUGUGUGUGUGUGUGUGUGUGUGUGUGUGUGUGUGUGUGUGUGUGUGUGUGUGUGUGUGUGUGUGUGUGUGUGUGUGUGUGUGUGUGUGUGUGUGUGUCCCAGGCUGCCCCUCAGUAAAGCGUUGGGUGGGGUCAAAGAUAGUUGUGGUGGCCUAGUCUGUAAUUACAGCUAUAUAGCUGGAGCCUGUCUGCGUGCGUGUGUGCGAGAGUCUCAUAGUAUAAAAACAAACUUCACUCUUUCAAAAAACGUCUUUAAUACACAAAAACGUAGAGAAUAUACUGUAUAGAAUAUAAACAUCAAUAGUAUUCAUGUAUAAAACAAAUAGCACAUGUACUUAUAAACACACAAUUUAGCACCCAUCGAUAAAUUUUUUUAAGCACCAAUUCACUGACAUCAUUCCUUGAGAUUUUAAAAGUUUACUAGCGUUUGUCUGAUCAAUCAAUCAAAAACCUAAAUGAUUAUAUUCCUAAUUGUGCCUAUAUUCUAAUGACCCAUAAUUCAUUAAGAAGCUCCUCGACUCCCUCUUGUUUAUGACCCUGUUUUAGUUGGCUCCAGAUAGAAGUCGCCCUUAGGUACAGAUCUAGGACCAGUUUUCCCUCACCCAAUCCUAUCCUUAAUCAUCAUUAGGAAGGACAAUGCAACAACAUCUCCUCUUGAACUAACCCCCUGCUGACAUCACCAAUUCAAGUCAUUAUCCAGUCAUUAGGUAGAAUAGUCUAUGUAAUAUUAUCUCAAAUAGAGGGUGCUUAUAUUUGUCCUGUUUCACACAUGUACACGUGUGGUGGCCAGUGGGAAUGUGUUUCUUACUUAUCCCACUCCCCCUGAGACCCUCUCAGACGGUGGGGUUACAGAUCCGACAUGAGUGGAGGCAACCCUGGAGCAGUUAGGGUUGACUGCCUCUCAAAGGCAGAUCAACAGAUUCAAACUUUUGGUUACCGGCCUAAUGCUCUAACCUCUAGGCUACCUGCCACCCUAAAAAUCACUCUGUAACUCUAUCUAUUAAAGCUUUUACAAGGGAACAGAGAGAGAGAGAGAGACAGAGAGAGAGGGAGAAGAUUGUGAAAAAGAGAGAGAUUAUUUUGGAAUUAGUGAGUGUAAUAUUUACUGUCACCUUUUAUUGUUUAUUUCACUUUUGUUUAUCCAUUUUACGUGCUUUGGCAAUGUAAACAUGUUUCCCAUGCCAAUAAAGCCCCUUGAAUUGAAUUGAGAGAGAGAGAGAGUAUAGUGGAGACACUUGUUAGUCUGUGGAUGUCUGCACCUGUAUUACUCCUGGAACACUGACAACUGGUGCUUUCAUUAAAACAGCCAGCUGUGCUUUACAAACUAUCCUUCUGAUACACUGAGUAGGCAGCCUUUUCCCUUUAACAAACUGGAACUGGUUUAUACUGUGUAACACAGUGAGGGGAAUAGACAAACACUACAGCUAGGUUGGAGGUAGAAACCAGUGCUGUGUUUCCCCCUGCCUUUGACCCUGUGUGGUCCCUGAUACAUGCAUACCAUUACUCAACACCUCUCUCUCUCUCUCUCUCUCUCUCUCUCUCUCUCUCUCUCUCUCUCUCUCUCUCUCUCUCUCUCUCUCUCUCUCUCUCUCUCUCUCUCUCUCUCUCUCUCUCUCUCUCUCUCU